GCGUACAUUCACGCACCCACUGAGAGGGCGAGAGAGAGAGAGAGAGAGAGAGAGAGAGAGAGAGAGAGAGAGAGGGGGAGCGAGCGAGCGAGCGAGAAAGUGGGGGACGGAGUGAUGCUCUCCCGCCGGAGAACAGAGCCCGACUCCGGCCAGCCAGUCAUCAGCGGCAGCAGCGGCAGCAGCGGCGGCAGCGCUGUCCUCCCCACCGUCAGCGCCACCGCCACCCGCCAUACACACACCCGGGCUGGUGACACUGUCAAUGAGAAAAGGAGUGUGUAUCAGUCGCGGAGAACAUAAAUUGGCUCAGGGUUUUUACAACAAGGACCCAAAGACCGGAGGGUACUCUAUGCCGGCAUGGCGGCGGGGGCAGAGAGAGAAAGAGAGAGAGAAACAGAGAGAGGCGUGCGCGCGCGUUUCCUUGCAGGAGCGGCGCUUUGGGACUGUGAUGUCUGACGGACGCGGAGAGAUGCUGUGAGCUCUGGUAUUAGCAGAGCCAGCUGCGCACCCACCGAGCCGCUCUGUCCCCUCCCUCCCCGCAUCUCAUCCCCAGCAUUCCUGCUCUCUCCCAAGCGCCGACCAUUCGCUCAAAGAGGGGAAUCGGCUCCACACGGCUCGCUUCGCUCACUCCGGCUUGCGUCCCGCGCGGAGAUUUUGGCAGAGAACUGUUCUUUUUCCUGUGGAAGGCAACUGGAUUUAAAAGUCUUUCAGCCUCUGGACAAACUGUGGUUAUAGUGAUUGUGAACUGGGCUUCUGUUCUGUCAUUCAGCGCCUGAAUAUGCUCGGCUCGUCCAUGCUCCAUUACAAGCCAACCUCUUCUUUCACCCGAUGAUAAAAACAAUCCACAGGAUUGCCAUCCAUGGUUUCUGCGCUAAUCAAGACUGUGUUAUUCUAUAUUGAAAAGAUUUGCAAAGGAAUGUUUACAAAGAAAUUGGCAAACCCAAUUAAGAAGAAAGAAAGAAGUGAAAAUAAAGAGCCCAAAUUAGCCGCUGAUUUGCAAGCACAUAAUCAAACUCUCUCAACCACUUUAAAGACAACUGUCAAAAAGAUUUCCAAAUGCUCUUCGGCACGUAACAUAUCGCUUGAAGAGGACGACGGAAAGAACGACUGCUCAUCGUUGUCACCCACUUUCAGCUAUCGUGUAGCUAUAGCAAAUGGACUCCCAAAAAGUUCUCUUUUUCUAAAUAAUAAUGAAAGUAUCUUUCCUGAGGUUCUUUCGAUUGACAGCAGUUACUCCGACUCCUUGAGUGAGACAAAACCUGUCCGGAGACUAGAUGAGCAUAAAUCACACACUAUGCCAGUAAGACGAAACAGGAAGAGCCUCAUCAGUUUAGCUCCCUCUGAUGGCAGUUCGGAGGGGGAACGGGUGGAACGCUCUAGUUUACAUACGCUUAGGCUGGGGGCUCUACGCAAGUUAAGGAAAUGGAAAAAGAGCCAGGAAUGUGUCUCCUCAGACUCCGACGUGAGCAAUUGGAGGAAAACCCUGGGUAUACGAAGCAAAUCUCUGGACCGUGCUGGACGACAACAAAAGAGCUCUACCCUAGAGCCUGGCUCUUCCUCAACAGGUUGCAUCAGUCAGACGCAGGAUGUAAUGGAAAUGAUUUUUAAGGAGCUUCAGGGGAUCAGUCAGAUAGAAACUGAACUAUCUGAGCUUCGUGGCCAUGUAAAUGCCCUUAAGAGCUCAAUUGAUGAGAUCUCCAGCAGUGUGGAGGUAGUUCAGAGUGAAAUUGAACAGCUUAGAUCAGGAUUUGUCCAGUCAAGAAGGGAAACAAGAGAUAUCCAUGACUACAUUAAACAGAUUAGCCACCAGGCCAAUAAUUCAACCUUGCGGUUUCUCAAUGUUCCUGAAGAGAGAUCAGAAAAGACAGAGAGUGUAAUAUACAAAAUAUUGAAAGAGAAAAUGGGUUUCACAGAUGCCCAUAAAACAAUUAAAAUUGAGCUCGCUCACAGGUUAGGGCAACAAAGAGAAUGUUCUAAUGCGAAGCCUCGUCCUAUUAUUGUCAUUUUUGCAACACCCCAAGACAGAGACGUAGUCCUUAAGAAAUGCUACAAACUCAAAGGUACAGGGAUUACAGUAUCUACUGAUAGUUUAACAAAUGAUGGAAAAGACAGGAAAGACAAAACAAUGUCAUCCUCUCAAACUUAUGAAAGUAUGGAUAUAAAAGUCUCAGGAAAGGAGAAAGUAGUAGAAAGUGACGACUGGGAUUCAAUGGACAGUGAUAAAGAGCUGGAUGAGUUAAGCAGGAAUAAAUAUGCAAUGGUUAUUUCAAAGCCUGUUCACAAGUCCAAAUCAGAGAAAAGGCGGUCCCAUGACCACAACAGGUCAGGAGACGUAGCAGGCUACUCAGGAACAGUCCACUAUGCUGACGACUCGUACUAUGACACAGACAAGCAUGCAAAGGCUUACUACUCUGAUAUGACCCCAGGAUGGCUUUCUCAGAGUGAUUAUUCAACUCCAAAACUUAGUCGUUCAGAGUCUGACUGUUCAAAACUUUGCCAGUCGUACUCUGAAGAUUUUUCAGAAAGUCAAUACUUCACACGAGCAAAUGGUGGCUCCCUCCUCUCCUCCUCAGAUCAAGAACUGUGGCAGAGAAAACAAGAGGACAUGGCCUCCUCUUGGUAUGCUAGCCCCAGCCAUCCUCAUGAUAGUCAAACAUAUGAACAUAAUGAGGUUGAGACUACUGAAACUAUUGAUAGUGGGGUUAGCAAUGGACUUGUCUGCAUGUCCGGGGAUAGAAGCCACUACAGUGGCUCACAGGUAUCAUUACAAGGUGAUCUUUCACCAUGGAAAGACUGGCAUCAUCUGGAGCAAGGAGCUGACUCUGGCUUAGAAGCUUCAAUAGAGGUCAGUAGCCCUUUUGACCCAUCAACUAUUCCUGGAUUUCCAGAGAACAUUACCAAGUGUCAGGAGGUUGAUUUGCAGUUUGAAGGAGAUGAGGAGUUUAUGAUGCUUGACAGAGAAGCUUCUUUACCUCCUAUCACCACCCAUAUUAUUCCUCCCAUCACUGAAUGGGAAGUUGUCAAGACUUCUUCCCGGCAGUCGAGGGAAGGAUGUAAGGUGAUCGCAAAAGAAAGCACAAAGAUAUCAUCAAAAGAAGCCUCUAAAGCUGCAGCAAAAGUGACGCCCAAAUCAAGUAAAGUCACUACUCCUAAAGAGGAGACAUCUAAAAUAUCGGCAAAAGAAAACACAAAGGUUUCUGCUAAAGGUUCACCUAAAGUGACAUCUAAAGCGUCCCCUAAAGAAUUACAGAAAGAAACAUUAAAAUCAGCUGUUAAAGAAAGCUCUCAAGUUGUCCAUAAAGACAAUUCUAAAUUUAUACCCAAAGAAACCACUAAGCCUAUAGGUAAGGAUAUAGGUAAGGAAGUAUCUAAAGUCACAUCAAAGUUAAGUUCCAUUGAAACUGCUAAGGUCACUCCUAAAGCAAUCUCAAAAGACAGCCCUGUAAUCACACCUAGAGAAAGCCCUAAAGAGUCACCCAAAGAGAGCCCUAAAAUAACUCCAAUUGAUACCCCUGUCUUGACUCCAGAUUCAACCCCUAGAGAGUCCCCUAAAGAAUCCCCUAAAGUCAUUCCUAAGGAAUCCCCCAAAGUCAUUCCUAAGGAAUCCCCCAAAGUCAUUGCUAAGGAAUCCCCCAAAGUCAUUGCUAAGGAAUCCCCCAAAGUCAUUGCUAAGGAAUCCCCCAAAGUCAUUGCUAAGGAAUCCCCCAAAGUCAUUGCUAAGGAAUCCCCCAAAGUCAUUGCUAAGGAAUCCCCCAAAGUCAUUCCUAAGGAAUCCCCCAAAGUCAUUGCUAAGGAAUCCCCCAAAGUCAUUGCUAAGGAAUCCCCCAAAGUCAUUGCUAAAGAACCCCAGAAAGUCAUUUCUAAAGAGGGUGUAAAGGCUGUUAUUAAAGAAGUUACCAAAGAAGCUUUAAAACCACCCCCAAAAGAGGUUCCAAAAGAGGUGGCUAAAGUGCCACCUAAUGAAAUAACUACAGUACCCGCUCAGGAGGUUUCUAAGAUUCCACCUAAGGAAGUUUCAAACAUAGCUCCUAAAGAGAGCUCUAAGGUGACCCCCAAAGAGCCUUCUAAAGUAUCUAAAACAGAUGUUCCCUUGGUAGCACCUAAAUCAGUUUCUAAAGAUGUUGCCAAGGAACCCUCAAAAACAGGUGCCAGUGAAAAAUUCCCUGAACUUGAUGUUAAUCAUAGCUUUCACCAGGCCCCGAGCAAGUCCUCAAGUAUGUACCGUAGCCAGAGUGAGAUACGAACAGAGAAAGUGGAGGAGGUUCCAAAAACCUGGAGUAGUAGACUUAGUAUCGAUCUAAGUGAAAAGUCCUUUGGCUUUGGCUUUGGAUCCACUCUCCAAAGAGCUAAGUCUGCUCUGGAGGUUGUUUGGAAAUCUGGCUCCCAAGGCAGCCCUGCUCCUCCAGAGGAACAAACAAACUCUUCUUCCUCGUUUAUGGGGCGUUUCCGAACACUCUCCACUUCUACUGCAAAUAGUUCCCCUGCUGCAACAGAACCGGAUAUUCGUGUGGAACCUGUCUUCAACAAGGCGGAGGAGGAAAAUACAAGUGCAGAAACAGGAGAGCUCUCUGUGGACAGUGAGACUCACUACGUUGAAGUGAUGGAGCAGGUAUUAGCUAAUCUGGAAAACAGGACUAAUGUUAACGAGAACCAGGACACGGACGAGCUUGCACAGGAUUGUGAGACUUCUCAGGACUAUGAUGUGUCUGAUGACAUUGAGCCCUCUCAAGACAAUGAUGCCUCGCAGGAUCUUGAGGCGUCGCAGGAUUUGGAGGCCCCGGGUGAUUUUGAUGCAAGUAACAAAACCCGAGUUUUGGAGUAUGAUUGCAGCUUGGAUGAUCAGUACGAAGAAGAGUACAGUGAGGAUUAUGACCACCAACUCACCGAGGACACUGCUGAAUACGAUGCAAUGGUUGAGUAUGUGGAUGUUGAAGAGCCUGAUGAGACUGAGGAUAACGAUGUAACAGAGGAGAUGGAAGAGGGUGCAGAAGAGUUGUACGAGGUAGAGGAAAUAGCAGAGGAGGCUGUUGAAGUUUCUGAAAAAGAGGAACAACAACAACAACAACAACAACAACAGGAGGAUGAAAACAAGAAUGUUCCAGAGGAGAAGCCGGUGGAGACGCCACCCAAGAAGCGUGUUCGACCCACAUUCAAGGAGGCAGCACUGAGAGCCUACAGGAAACAGAUGGCUGAACUGGAGCAGCAGAUUCUGGCAGGAGACGCCAGUGCUUUGGAUACUCAGCCUCGCAGUAUUUUGGAUCCCAAAUUGCUUGGUUUGCAGACCGGAGGGGCUGGCAGUAUUCUUUAUGGUAUUGACAGCAUGCCAGAUCUGCGCCGCAAAAGGACAGUGCCUCUUGUCCGAGACCUGGCUUUGACCCUCACUGCUCGAAAGGCAGGCAUCUCGUUUGCUCUGGUGAACAGGUCAACCCUGAACAACGAGGAACUGAAACUGCAUGUCUUCAAGAAAACCCUCCAGGCCUUGAUCUACCCAAUUUCCUCGACUACACCCCACAAUUUUGAGGUAUGGACGGCAACCGCUCCCACCUACUGCCACGAGUGCGAAGGCCUGCUGUGGGGGAUCGCCCGCCAGGGCAUGCGCUGCUCGGAGUGCGGCGUCAAAUGCCACGAGAAGUGCCAGGACCUGCUCAAUGCGGAUUGUUUACAAAGGGCUGUGGAGAAAAGUUCCAAGCAUGGGGCAGAAGACAAGACUCAAAAUAUCAUCAUGGCUAUGAAGGAGCGUAUGAAGAUCAGGGAGAAGAACCGCCCGGAGGUGUUUGAGGUGAUCCAGGAGAUGUUCCAUGUCUCUAAAGAAGAAUUUACUUCCCAUCUGAAGACGGCCAAGCAGGCUGUGCUGGACGGGACCUCCAAGUGGUCUGCCAAAAUCACCAUAACAGUCAUGUGUGCGCAGGGAUUACAGGCCAAGGAUAAGACGGGAUCCAGCGACCCAUAUGUCACGGUCCAGGUGGGGAAGACCAAACGCAGAACCAAGACCAUCUUCGGCAACCUCAACCCUGUCUGGGAUGAGAAGUUCCACUUUGAAUGCCACAACGCUACCGACCGCAUAAAGGUGCGCGUUUGGGAUGAAGACGACGACAUCAAGUCACGGGUGAAGCAACAUUUCAAGCGCGAGUCAGACGACUUCCUGGGCCAGACCAUCAUCGAGGUUCGCACGCUCAGCGGAGAGAUGGAUGUUUGGUACAAUCUAGAUAAGAGGACCGACAAGUCUGCAGUGUCUGGUGCCAUCAGACUCAAGAUCAGUGUUGAAAUGAAAGGGGAGGAGAACGUGGCGCCCCCUCAUGGCCAGUACACAUGUCUACAUGAGAACCUGUUCCACUACCUGACCGAAGUGAAGAGCGGUGGCGUGGUGAAGAUCCCGCAGGUGAAAGGGGACGACGCGUGGAAGGUCUACUUUGACGACGUGUCUCAGGAGAUAGUGGACGAAUUUGCCAUGAGAUACGGGGUGGAGUCCAUCUAUCAGGCUAUGACGCAUUUCUCCUGUCUAUCUGCCAAGUACAUGUGUCCCGGCGUGCCCGCCGUGAUGAGCAACCUGCUCGCCAACAUCAACGCCUACUUUGCUCACACGACCACCACCACCACCGCCUCCGCGUCUGACCGCUUCGCCGCCUCCAACUUUGGGAGGGAAAAAUUCGUCAAAUUGCUGGACCAGCUGCAUAACUCUCUGAGGAUCGACCUUUCGAAAUACCGGGACAACUUCCCGGCAGGAAACCCGGAGCGUCUCCAGGAUCUGAAGUCCACCGUUGACCUGCUUACGAGCAUCACUUUCUUCAGAAUGAAGGUGCAAGAGCUCCAGAGUCCACCAAGGGCCAGCAUGGUCGUAAAGGACUGCGUGAAAGCUUGUUUAGACUCGACGUACAAAUACAUUUUUGACAACUGUCAUGAGCUCUACAACCAGCUUCUUGACCAGAGCCGGAAACAGGAGCUUCCCAGAGAGGAGCAGGGUCCGUCCAUAAAGAACCUGGACUUCUGGCCAAAACUCAUCACUCUUAUGGUAUCUGUAAUCGAUGAGGACCGCACAGCCUACACACCAGUCAUUAAUCAGUUUCCGCAGGAAUUGAACGCGGGAAAAAUCAGCGCCGAGAUCAUGUGGAACCUGUUUGCACAGGAUAUGAAGUACGCGAUGGAAGAGCAUGACAAGCAUCGCCUAUGCAAAAGCACGGAGUACAUGAACCUUCACUUCAAAGUCAAAUGGUUCCACAACGAAUACGUCCGCGAUCUGCCGGCCUUCAAGGAUGUCCCACCUGAGUAUUCUCUGUGGUUCGAGCCCUUCGUCAUUCAGUGGCUCGAUGAGAACGAAGUCGUUGCCAUGGAUUUCCUCAACGGAGCACUUGAAAGAGACAAGAAAGACGGAUUCCAGCAGACCUCGGAGCACGCCCUCUUUUCCUGCUCCGUGGUGGACGUGUUCACUCAACUAAACCAGAGCUUUGAGAUUAUCAAGAAGCUGGAAUGCCCGAACCCGCAGGCUCUGGCGCAUUUCAUGUGCCGUUUUGCGAAGACUAUCAACAAGGUUCUCUUGCAAUAUGCUGCGAUCAUUUCCAAGGAGUUUCCAUUGCAUUUAAACAAGGAGAACGUGCCGUGCAUAAUUCUCAACAACAUCCAGCAACUUCGAGUCCAGCUGGAGAAGAUGUUUGAGUCCAUGGGUGGGAAGCAGGAGGAGGGGGUUGUCUCCUUCUGUAAGCUGGAUGCAGAGGCCAGUGAUCUGCUAAAGGAGCUGCAGAAUAAACUCAACACAGUCCUGGAUGAGCUCAGCGGGGUGUUUGGCUCCAGCUUUAAACCUGUAAUCGAGGACUGUGUGAAGCAGAUGAACCAGGAGCUGGUCCAGAUGAAAGGGCCAAUUAAAGGGAGCAAUCCUGCCAUGGAUGCAGAAACUGUCUUACGGCCUCUUAUGGACCUUCUGGAUAAGAAUUUGAUGUUGUUCGCCAAGAUCUGUGAGAAGACCGUGCUGAAGAGAGUCCUCAAAGAGCUCUGGAAAAUAGUUCUGAACACCAUCGAGAGAACAAUCGUUCUUCCUCCGCUUAGUGACCAGAGUCAACAAGGAGCUCAGAUGAUCUUUAGUGCUGCCAAGGACCUGGGACAGCUGUCCAAACUGAAGGAGCACGUCAUCCGAGAGGACACCAGAAGUCUGACGCCUCGCCAAUGUGCCGCCAUGGACCUUGUGCUUCCCACAAUCAAGCAAUACUUCCAUGCUGGUGGGAAUGGACUGAAGAAAACCUUCUUGGAAAAGAGCCCUGACAUGAAAUCGCUCAAAUACGCUCUCAGCCUUUACACUCAACCUACAGAUGCCUUGAUCAAAAAAUAUAUAUGCACCCAAAACUCUCAAGGUCAGUCAUCCAACGGAUCCGUGGGGGAGGUGUCAAUGCAAGUGACUCUCGUCUCUCACCCUGGCACAGGAGAACACAAAAUCAGCGUUAAGGUGGUUGGAAUAAACAACCUCAUGUGGCAGACCAACGCCAUGUUCCGGCCGUUCGUGGAGGUCAACGCCAUUGGUCCACACCUCGCUGACAAGAAGCGCAAAUUUAGCACCAAGACCAAGAACAACAACUGGUCGCCAAAGUACAAUGAAACAUUCCAGUAUAUUCUGAGUAACGAACACGGUCCGGAGGUCUACGAGCUCCACGUCUCGGUGAAGGAUUACUGCUUUGCCCGCGAGGACCGCAUCAUCGGCAUGACGGUCAUCCCGCUCCGGGAGCUGGCGGAAAAGGGCAGCUGCUCGGCCUGCUACCCGCUGGUAAAGAGCAUCACCAUGGACGAAACGGGCCUCACCAUCAUGAGGAUACUCUCUCAAAGGACCAACGACGAGGUGGCCAAAGAGUUUGUGCGUCUCAAGACGGACACCCGAUCAGCGGAGGAAGUGUCAUAGUCCGGAGUAAAUUAGGCAAAAACAAAACAAAACAAAAAAAAUGCAGUAUUAAGAGUCGUGUCGUCUUCAGAUCGGAUAGAUGCGGGGUGGGGAAUAGAGAGAGCGUGGUCGCGCGGCCGUUGUUUGCAAUAGAUGCCGGACGCGGCAUCAGAACGAGUUCGUCCAAAGAGAAGGGAAGCGGGUUCACAAAGUGGCAAAGCAGCGAGAGCGAGAGUCGUGUUUGUUUGUUUUCUGUGCAUGUGCGUAAAAACAUCUGUUGGAAUGUUCAUUUUAAAACUAAAAGUAUGUACAAGUGUUUACUUACCGUAUGCUCACUAUUAAGUACUAUAUUCUACGAGUUAUUGUAAUGAGACAUGGAUACCUUUUGUACAACAUUUAGUCUUUUUGAGCAGAGAUUUGUUCCAAUAAAGUGCCAAACCAGUGAAAAAAAAACAAAACAAAACAAAAACAACAAAAUUAACAUAUAUGAAUUAUGGUGAAGUUAGUAUGUUUGAAAUUUGCUCGGUUAUUUUGUCCGGUGUAAGUAUUUUUUGACCGUGUGGCGUUUUGAUUGUUGCAGACGUCUUGAUUUCGCACCCUCGGCUUUAAUUAAUUUAUUUUAUUUUAUUGUUUUUUUUUUGGCUUCCCGUUCUUCCACUCUGCACUGUUGUGUGCAUGUCUUCUUAAUCCUGUCUUUCCCAUGAUUCCACAGUGACCGCCGAGCAGGGUCCUGUCCCUCGCCUUUCAGAACUGUUUGUAUUUUACGUCGACCUGAAGUCUGAUUGUGUUUUUUGUUUUUUAAAUGGCGAUGACUGCUAUGUAAACCCUCGUAGAUGUUUGUAAUUUUAUAACCGUGACAACGUUGGCGAGAGCCUCCAGUGCUAACUGUCUUAGCAUAAAAGAGUGGAAUUUUUAUUUUUUUUUUAGCGUUUUGUUUUGUGUUUUUCAGGUUGUUUUUUCGCUUCCGGCCUUCCUGAACAACCACUGUGAACAUGAGCUUUGGAAGGCAAGCUUAACACGACAUUGCUUACACUUUAUUGUUUCGUGUUUUUUUUUUGUUUUUUUCCAACAACUUUGUUCCUGAUAAACUGCCAAAGUUAUAUUUAAUAUUUGUACCAGAGCAAUUCAUUACAUGUAUGAAGGCAUAUAUGUAACAUGUGAUCUAUUACUUUUUUUGUUUGUUUUUUUUCCCAAGGCUUGAUAUUUGAUUGUUGAUAGGGUGGUACUAAGAUAUAUUUUUUUUUAUUUCCUGUGAAGCUGUUUAAAACUAUAAAGGUUGCACAUGUUAUUUUACACAUUGGUUACUUCGACUUUAAUCAUUGGAAUUAUUUUUCUUCAUAAAGGAAAGAGUCUAACA